AUGACGUCGUACGUGCCACGCGAGCUGGAAACGCCGCAAGAAACGGUGGAACGCGAGCGGUGCGAGCAAUGGACGCACGAGCUCUUCCGCACCUCGCCCAUGGUCCGCUUCAUGGCCAAGCAUCUCUCGCUCCUCGACUGCGAUCCGCUCUCCCCGCGCACACCCACACCUUCAUCGAGCACCACCCCCACCGAGGCGAAGCUCGUCAUCGCUCCAUGUCCACCGACGAUUGCGGGGGGAUUUUCACCCUCUGCAGCGGGAGAGCCAACAAGUGGGUCGUCGAUCCUGCUGUGUUCGAACCAGAUCAUGUCCAAGGCGCAUCUGGAAGACACGCUGGCACACGAGAUGGUGCACUGGUUCGACCACUGCCGCUUCCUCGUCGACUGGUCCAACCUCAGACACCAUGCAUGCUCCGAGAUCAGAGCGGCGAGUCUGAGCGGCGAUUGUGGGUGGGCGAGGGAGUGGCAGAGAAGGAAUUACGGAUUCAAGUUGCAACACCAGAAGUGCGUCAAGCGCAGAGCGGUCAUCAGCAUCCUUGCCAACCCGGCCUGCAACGGCGAUAAGGAAAAGGCGGAAAGGACCGUAGACGAGGUGUUUGAUUCCUGCUUCCGCGAUACAAGACCUUUCGACGAGAUCUACUAA